CAAGCCCCAGCGUGCAGGCUUGGAGAUGCAGGGUAGUGGAAUAGCCACGGGAUCAUCAUCCUGGUAGAGGAGCCGGAGGCCGAUUUCUGGGUGCACGCAGCCCCCUGGCCUCCGGUGUCAGCGUCACGUCCUCCUCUUGCAGGGCUCCAAAACCGCAGCCACAUUUCCUGCCUGCCUCACUGGGGAGUUGCAGGCGGAGCGCAGCCCACGACGCCCCUGGGGUUGGGACCUCAGCAGCGACAGCUACCAGUGCUGCAGCUCGGGGUCCUGCAGCAUCCCCCGGCACAGGUCCCAUGGCACUGGGCUACACCAUGCUGCUGGCAUUGCUGCUCAGCACCCUGCAGGACUGCAGGCCACGGCCCACGGAGCAGAGCCUGCAGUGGGUCUGGGGGGCAGCAGAGCAGAUCCCGGCUGAGCCCCCACUGCCCUCCCGCAGAAGAAGAGCUGAUGCUGGACCCCAUAGCACCACUGUGACGCCUGUUAGCAAUGAGACUGCAUCCCCUGGGCAUAACGUGCUGAUGGGCGUGGAGCUGGGCAACACCACUGGGCAGCCCAAACCUUUGGUGGUCACCACAACAGGUCAGAUGGAUGAUUCCCCUGAGCCUCGUGCACUGCUGGACAUGGAGGCGGACAACACCUCCAGCCAGGCCUUGGUGCUGACCACGGUCGAUUCCUUAGAUAAGACCGAUUCCCCCCAGACCCAGCUGUUGGGCACAAAGCCACCACAACAGCCAGGCAACACUCCCAGGCAAGCCAAGGCUUCGCCGGUCACCACAGCGAAUCCAUUGACUGAGACCAACACCCCUGAGGUCACUGUGCCUUUGGGCACGGAGCUGCCACCAAAGGUGAAUGACAGCACCAGCCAAGCCAAAGCCUUGGUGGUCACCACAGUGGAUCCUUCGGAUGAGACCGACUCUCCUGAGACAGCACCCGACACAGCACCCCAGAGUGGCAGCACCGUUGUGCCCAACCAGCUCAUGGAAUCCACAGGGCACGGCACGGAUGGGACCAUGACUAGUGACAUGGACAUCUCCACGGAGCCAGGCUCAACUCUUCUCCCCACCACCACAUUUUCCAAAAAAUCUGCCUCUCACCCUCCAUGGGAGAUGAACACAACACCUUUGUCCACGAAACCACGGGGGACCACAACAUCGGACACCUCUGAUGACCUGUGGGACAGCAGCUCGCUGAUGAACAAGUGCCUGCUGGCCAUCCUGCUGCUGGCACUGGUGGCUGGGCUCUUCAUGGUGUGCACAGCAGUGCUGGGCACCUUGCUUUGGCGGCGGGUGAGGACGGCUCGUCGGCAGCUCGGCCCCACUGAGAUGAUUUGUAUUUCCUCCCUGCUGCCUGACAGUGAAUGUGCUGCCAACAAUGGUCCUCGGCGUGGCAUCCCCGUGCGUCACAGGCUGCUGGUCGAUGCCAGCUCUGAAGCUGAUGGUGACAACCUGACGCUCAGCAGCUUUCUACCGGAGCAUUCCUGAAGCAUCGUGGUGAUGGAACGGCGUGGGGUCCAUCCCUGGUGCCACCCGUGUCCCCCUUGGAACUGUAUGGAAAAGACUCAUCCACUCCAUUAAAAUGCCUCUGCUACACAGA